CCCGAAAUCCUCAUCUUUCCCCUAAAAUCCCUAAUUUCCCCCCUUGAAACCCCCAACAUCACAAACAUACUGUCCUAAAGAAGAAUCGUUUGGCAAACCCAUUGUAGCAGACCAUGUAUUUCAGCAGGGAGAUCCCAUUCUGGAGACAAAGAAGAAAACAAAAGAUCAAAGGUACGAAGAUCCUCAUCAUGGUGAGGGGAAAAGCACAAAUGAUGCGCAUAGAGAACGAUACGAGCAGCAAUCAGCAAACUAUAGAACGUUAUAGGCGGCAUACAAAGGAUAACGAAACCAAUAAGCCAAUUGAACAAAACCUGCAGCAUCUAAAGGCUGAAUCAGCAAACAUGUUGAAGACAGUAGAGGAUCUUGAAGUUUCAAGAAGGUAUUGGUCUUUUUACAAGAUUCAACCCCGCCACCAAAAUAUAUAUUGGGGUUAAAAUAUAAGGUAAGUCCAUGUACUCUUAAAAAUUUUGAUCCAUCUUUCUGCUAUGCAGCAAUAAGCUCCAGUUGCAGGCUUUUUGGCAUAUGUAGAAUUAUCUCGGCACUCACAAAUGCUUUUGCUUGCCAAGGAUGUUUCUGGCCUACUUAGAUGAACAAUGCUUAUUUGUUUUUUUGUUUUCUUUUAACUAUAAAUGAUAAGAAUGGAGUCUUAAUGACAAUUAUUAUCAAUGAUCUUUUACCCA